AUGAAGUUUGGAAAGACCUACACUACGCUGUUAGCCUCAUUGCCUGAAGCAUGGCGAGAAAGCGCCAUUGAAUAUAUAAAGCUAAAGAAGAUAAUCGGUAAUACGGUCAAAGAGCUUGAGGAAAUCGGCUUGGAUCCUAAUACAUUGCAUCAAAUCCUUCACCCCGUGGAGGAGCCGGAGGAUCCGUCGAGCACUCAAAUAAUUUUUCAGCUCACCGCGAGUAAGGACGAUCAAGCCGGUCACCAUCUCAGGAGUGAUGAGAAUAUCGAGGGAAAUGAUUCAAGCGUAAGCGCACAGCGCGGCUCUUUCGUCACGUACGAGCCCUCAGACGAGCAUGGAAACCCGUCGCCCCACCUCCGAGUCCGAAUUGCACCGAGUAUGGUGCAGUUUUUGGAGAUAGAUGAAGAGGAUCAGAUGUUAUCCCAAGUCACCAACAGCGUUGUGGCAGGGGAGGGAGAUGAGGCGCCAACAAAGGCUUCAACGAGAACAUUCCGUUUGAAGCACGGCGUCCUUUGGGCCCUUCAGAAACGUUAUGCAGAGUUCUGCGCCGCAAGUGACUCGGAUUUGGACAAUUUUUCGCACGCAGAUAGGUCUCAUGCCCCGACCGACCCGCUGAAGGACGAAGGUUUCGCGCUCACUGGGACCACGCAACCAGUUCCGUCACAUGUUGGGCGUACACAUACACUCAAACUGAAAGAAGUGACCAUACAGCUCACUGCUGACACGGAGUUCUAUGGACUUUUUGCAGCCAAACUUAGGUCCUUUGCUGAGCAUCAAGCCCGUACACAAGAAAGCUUCACUAAUACUGUCGACUCCCUAAGUAACGACAUAUCUCAACUUCCGGGCCCUUCUUCGCGUGGUCACUCUAACUUGUAUGCCUGGAGGGAGAUCUUUCGUCUUUGGGUCGAGGCGCAGAUCUUUGAAGGCACAAUCGAGAAGGAUAGGGGGGAGCAUGACACCGAAGAGGCUGAGCGAAGAUUGGCAACCUUCGCCAAUGCAACCAGACACCUUGAGGAUCGUCGUUCACGGAGAGGAAAAGACAGCCGAGCGGCUUUAGAUCGUUUCCUGCAGCUCAAUAUGCUCUUACUGGAUAUCAAGAAAUUCCAACAUGCCAACGCAGAAGCUGCCCGGAAAAUCCUAAAGAAGCACGAGAAACGGACGGCUCUCAUGUUGCCGCAAUCGACUCAGCGAAGGAUGUUCCCAAUGCUAGGCGCCUUGAUGGCAGAUUCUGCAUCUGGCCCCCAUGGAAUUAGUCUUGCGCAUAUUCUUCUCACGCAACUCACGAGCACAUUGUUGCCGGUGAUACCUACUAUUGACGAUUACGAGUGCUUAAUCUGCACCUCAAUCGCUUUCAUUCCUAUUCGGCUGCAAUGCGGCCACUUGUUCUGCGUUCGUUGCUUAGCGAAGAUGCAAAAACGACAACAGGACGAAUGUCCAUUAUGCCGUUCGCCUUGUGUUGGCUUCGCAGAUAAAUCCAACGUGGAUCUUGCAUUGAAGCGAUUCAUGAUGCAAUGGUUCCCAGACGAAGCGAAGGCAAAGCAGAAGGCGAACGAACGUGAAUCAACUGAAGAAGAGCUACGCGAAAUGGGCUUUCAGAUCCCAGAAACCGAUUGCAUCGUCAUGUAA